AGGCCGAGGGGCCGCGGCCCGGACGGGCAGAGCCCCCGCGGGUCUCCCGGCGUGUGGGGUUAAGGAGGCUCCCGCCCGCCGCGGCGGCCCUGAGGGGAGCUUCCCGCCCUGCGCCCUGAGGGGGGAUGGCGGCGGGAAGGCCGCGGGUGGAGGGGUCGCCGCGCUGAGGGACGGACAGCCCCGUCCCGCCCGGGGAGCCGGGGCCUCUGCCGGGAGCGCGGGCGGGGAGGGAGGGAGCGGAGUUCCCGGCGGGCCGGCCGCCUCCCCGCCCUCCCUCGGCGGCGUGAGUGAGCGUGUUUGGGAGGGAAGGAGGGGGUGGAAGCCGGGCCGGGGCGGCCAGCAGGCAAUUUGCAUGAGAGACAGACUGGGAAUGAGCUGGAGUGGGCGCCUCUCCGCGCACACAGAGCGGGGCAGCAGCGGGAGGAGGGAGCUGCCGCCGCCGGGGAGAAGCGGCGAACUCCGGGCAAAGUUUGGUGCCGCGGGCCCGAGGCUCUAAGGCACCGGCGGGGCGGGAGAGCGGCGCCGGGCCAGGCCACCGCCGCCGCCCGGGGCCGGGCUUUGUGGUGCCCGCGGCGCGGCGGGGCCUGCGCGGAGCGGAGCCGAGCGGAGCGGGGGGCGGCGGCGGGGCGAGCGCGGAGCCAGCAGCGGGGCGCUGCCGGGCGAGCCAGCAUGUCCUCCAUCCUGCCGUUCACUCCUCCCAUCGUCAAGCGGCUCCUGGGCUGGAAGAAAGGGGAGCAGAACGGGCAGGAGGAGAAAUGGUGCGAGAAGGCGGUGAAGAGCCUGGUGAAGAAGCUGAAGAAGACGGGGCAGCUGGACGAGCUGGAGAAGGCGAUCACCACGCAGAACAUCAACACCAAGUGCAUCACCAUCCCCAGAUCGUUAGACGGCCGGCUGCAAGUAUCUCACCGGAAAGGUCUUCCCCAUGUGAUCUACUGCCGGCUGUGGCGCUGGCCAGACCUUCAUAGCCACCAUGAGUUGCGUGCCAUGGAGAUGUGCGAGUAUGCCUUUAACAUGAAGAAGGAUGAAGUCUGCGUGAAUCCUUAUCAUUACCAAAGAGUGGAAACCCCAGUGUUACCUCCAGUGCUGGUGCCUCGGCAGACAGAGAUCCCAGCUGAGUUCCCGCCGUUAGAUGAUUAUAGUCAUUCUAUUCCAGAGAACACUAACUUCCCAGCAGGUAUCGAGCCACAGAGCAACUACAUUCCAGAGACACCUCCUCCAGGCUAUUUGAGUGAGGAUGGAGAAACUAGUGACCACCAGAUGAACCCCAGCAUGGAUGCAGGUUCUCCAAACUUAUCUCCAAACCCUAUGUCUCCAGCGCACAAUAACCUGGAUCUGCAGCCUGUUACCUAUUGCGAGCCAGCUUUCUGGUGCUCAAUAUCCUACUAUGAACUCAACCAGCGAGUGGGAGAGACUUUCCACGCCUCUCAGCCCUCCAUGACCGUGGAUGGUUUCACUGACCCAUCAAAUUCUGAACGCUUCUGCCUUGGUUUACUGUCUAACGUGAACAGAAAUGCGGCAGUGGAGCUCACGAGACGACACAUUGGAAGAGGAGUAAGACUCUACUACAUUGGCGGCGAGGUGUUUGCCGAGUGCCUUAGCGACAGUGCCAUUUUUGUCCAGUCUCCCAACUGCAACCAACGCUACGGCUGGCACCCAGCAACAGUGUGCAAGAUCCCACCAGGGUGUAACCUGAAGAUUUUUAACAACCAGGAAUUCGCCGCUCUCUUGGCUCAGUCCGUAAAUCAGGGCUUCGAAGCCGUGUAUCAGCUGACCAGAAUGUGCACAAUUCGAAUGAGCUUUGUCAAGGGCUGGGGAGCAGAAUACAGGCGGCAGACUGUGACCAGUACUCCCUGCUGGAUUGAACUGCAUCUUAAUGGUCCUUUGCAGUGGCUAGACAAGGUCCUGACACAAAUGGGCUCCCCGAGUAUUCGUUGUUCCAGUGUCUCCUAAGGAAACAUCUCCUGGGGGUGGGUGGGGGGAACAGAGACUCUGGAAAAUGGAAUUGGCUUAACCCUUAGCAAAAUGCAGAGUGCAGACUAAACAAAUUCCCAGUUAUUGAAGUGAUGAGGAAAAAAAAUCUGCUAAAAAAACCCCAAACACGUGGGUUUUCUUGGUUUUUUGUUUUUGUUGUUUUGUUGUUUUUUUUUAAAAUAAAUACCCGUUUAAGCCACUUCCACUGAAACUGUUAGCACUUUGGUUACAAUGCUAUGGGCCAUUGCAGUUCGAAUUUGAAGCUGAAGUUUAUCAUGAUAAAAAACUGGACUUUGUUUCAGCGGAGAGCAGCCAGUGCUCUGCCUCCAGCCGAGCCGGCCCGCCUGGCUCCUCGCUCCCCGCCGUUGUGAGCACGCGGGAGCCGCUGAUGGCUCAGAGGGAGCUUCCCGUUUGCCUCACACAACUCCAGGCUCGUGUCGCGCAGCAUCUCUGCAAAGCCAGAUACCGUGGGACUUUGGGACGACUCUUGCUCAUGCAUUCCUGUCUCCAUCCACCUGAUCCACGCAGGAUCCCUCGGACUGCAGCAGUAGCGGGGAAAAGGAAGCAUUUAAAGAACACGCAAGAACUAAUUCCCCCAGUAAUGUUCUCAAAAGGAAUGAAUUUCCCACGCUGGACCACCAACAAGGAGGCAGAGUCUUGCUUCGUGCCUGAGGGAUGCAGCUGACACCCCGAUGGUCUCAGACUGAUCGACGUGAAGCAAAAGGCCAAUCUUCAGGCUCCUUCGGGUAUCGCUGCAGCGGCUUUUUGAGGAGAGCUGCUCACCGACAGACGUUUGUCACGUGGGGAGCUCGGGCUGGAUAAGCCAAGCCUUCGUUAUUGUGCAGCCUAUUUGCAUUAACUACAGAAAGUUUGUGUUCUGUUUUCUCAGUACAUUGAAUGGCUCUCUGCCACUUGUUAGGGGCUUAGCGAAUGCAGUGUCCAGGUCGGCUCUGGUGAUGGAAGUGAACAGGCCCUUGCUGCCAUUUUCAGAAUAUACCAUUUAAUAGGUGAUCCCACGCUGUCACGUGUGACCGCGCAUGGGCCGGGGCAUCUCAGGCACAAAACCCCUCUGUUCAAAACUUACUUCAGCUGGUGAAAAUGCUCCGAGAUGUGUUUUUGCCUGGAGAAAUUGGGAGAGUGUGUAUUUACUUGUAUUAUAAAAUGUUCAUUUUAAACAUACAUGCUCUGGACUGUUUAAUAUAUAUAUUUUUUUUUCCCUGCAGCAACUGUCAUGGCAAACAACUUCCACAACUGGAAAAAAAACCAACCCUUAGCACUUGGUUUUAUGGUUCAAAUUUGCCAAACAAGUCUCAUAACUUUGUCAGUGCUAUCCAAUUAUCUGUUUCUUUAUAUCUGCAUUGAAUAUCAUAUGCAUUUGUGCCAAAAUAUUAGAAAGGGGAGGGGAGAAAGCGAUAAUCAGUUUCCUAUGGAAAUCUUUUUUUUUUUUUCUUGUUUCCAUAUACAAACACACAAGCCGGAUCUGGCUCUGGGACGGACAGACUCGGAUGGACUUUGUGUUAAGGCUUUAGUCCUGCAAACUUCUGUGCUCGCGACCGCGAGCGGCCCCGCCGAGAUCAGUGGCAGCUUUCCUGCCUGCCGGGUUGGGGUUUGCAGCCUCCGAGCGCCCCGGUCCGUACGGGGGCACCGACUGGUAACGGCAUUUCAAACACUGGUCUGGAAUUUCCACGUACCUGCCUCUCUGUAGGGAGAGGCUUUUCCCAUGCGCCUCUUCCUUUGAGACCGCUCCGUUUAUCAACCCCACCACUCGCUUUGCCAAAAACCAACGCUUUUGGACCGGAGGCAUCGGCAAGAACCGGGUACGAGGCGCCCCUUGUCCGGCGGACGCAGGAACGGGUGACCCGAGAGGCUCAGUGCCGGUGUUUGUUUUACCGGGCAAAUGAAAAGAUGCUUUAGAGGAGAGUUUUCUUCCAGAAACAAGAAAUGGCAUUUUGUAUACGAAAUCUAAAUUCUGAGGAAGACUUUCGGUGGUGGUUGUGCUCCUGAGCAACGCAGGCGCUUCUGAAUAUCCUCUCGCAGGAUUUCGGCUGGAGCUUUCCCUGCGCGGCACGGCUCGUACCAUAGCGCUGGAGGUUUUGUAGGAUUUUAAAAUUUGUUUUUGCAAUGUGUCUGGUUUCAGUUAAAUCUCCGAUUGCAUGGACUCGUGCAAUAAGAGCAUCUCUAUAAAACUGUGUUUUCUAACCACCUAAAAAGUAGGUCUGUCUGUCGUUGUGGAUUGACUUGGCAUAUGCUUUCAGAUGCAGGUUUCUAACAGAGUCGCAGACAAAACUUAAUCCUGGCCUUCGUGGCAGGGUUUGACUUGCUGUUUUAGUGAGAGAGGGGAAAAAGAUCUGUAAAAUGGCCCCAGGUUUCCUCCCCUUUAAGUCAUAUUUUAGUGAACAAACUGCUUUCGCUGUCCACGUAAUUGCGGAGGAAGUUGGACUCUGUGGGGCCUUGUGCGUGAGCGGCGAAACGGCACCCUGAAUUCCAGUGUCGGAGGGUUCGUUACACGUGGCGGCGUGCGGGGGAAGCCAGCCUGGCCCAGAGGCUACGAGCUGGAAGGAACCCUGAUGUAAUACGAAGUUUGCACGUGAAUCGCCUCCAGGUAAGAACUGGACCUGGAUUUCCGCUCUCAGCCAGAUUUGUCUUCUGCUCGAUAAAGGAGAAUGAAUUGCUAAGCGUUAGUAAUAGGUGCCUUUUGAAAAACAGGACUCAGAUGAUGCAUAAAAACUGUGGUUCGUCUCCCCUCAUCACCCCUUAAGUAAAAUGACUCCAAACGGAAGACGUAAGCUGGGGCAGUCAGAUAAAAUGGAGAUCAUCUCCACUAAAGUGUUAAUUUCCUCUCCUCCCCUUUGCCUUCUCACUAAUUCAUAAAAGCUUCCUGGUUUCUAAAGUUACCUUAUAAAGUCAGAGGGAAAGUCCUGUACCAUGCGACGAACGGCGAGGUAAAGGUCGGGGACGGGGCGCGAUCCAAGGGACGUUACGGCCGAGGCUCCUUUCGUGUUGCACAGUUGGAGUGGAUUGUACAGAUGAAAGCGAAUUCCCCCCGUCGUCGGAGCCGAAACGAGCUUCACCCUGCCCUUCCCGCGGACGCUGAAGGGAAGAGGUAGCGUUCGGCCGUGGGCGCUGUAGGCGGCGGCGCCCAGGGGUGCGCGUGGCUUCUCCUUGGUUUCACUUUUUUCCUAAAACUUCAUUAAAGUAGCUUCGAUAUGUAGCACAGAUGUAUGCGAUCGACCCCGCCCUAGCUUAGAUUACGUAUCUGUACUGGAAUAUCCUCUCAUUUAAUGGUAGUCUUGGCUAGUUUUACCAGGAUUUCAUACAUUUUUGUUACUGGUAGAGAGUCACUAGCAGGAACUUUGACUCUUUUUAAUUGGUGUAGCCGUACACAAGGGCCUGGCUGCUGGCAGAUGAUAUUGAUGGCCUUGUGGUUUUAAAUGACUGUGGUGAUUUUUUUUAUUAUUAUUAUUAUUAUUAUUAAUGUAUUGAACUGAAUUGCAGUUUGUAUUUUGUGUUAAGCUUGUCUUAGAAGUGAUCCAGUGCUGUCCGUUUGAUUUAAUCACCAGGAAUCAGCAUGCGUGCGUACAAGGACGGAGAAAUCUAGUUGUAACGCGUUUCCCCAAAGCUCCGGCUGCCCACGUAUGCCAUGAAAAGGUUAGCGGGUAACCUUUGAGAAAGCGUUAAACACGUUAAGUUUCCUCUCCCCAUAAGGAUCAGCAUAGCUUGAACCGUGCAGAGGACUCCUUUGCAGGGCGAAGAAUAUUCAGGGCUCCAUCUCAAGCAGCGAGUGUUGACGUCCGCGCCUUGUGCUGGUCACUAACUGGAAAAGCAUGAGGAGAGAGAAGAACGCAGCUCAGUGAAGGACUUCAGCCGUAUCACAAAACGUCUGUCAGCUUUCCUAGUUCUCUAAGGUACUGGAUAGGUGGGAGGAAUGGGAUUUCACAAAUAAGCUGGUAAGCUAGAAUGAGAAAUAAUUAGUCACUAUAUAGUAGCUGAUUGAGCGGUAUGGUUAAGAAAUUCAGUAUAUGUUUUCUAUUACGUACAUGCUUUUGUAUUUAUGUUGUCUUGAAUAUUCAGAUGAAUCAAAUAUUUAAUUUUUAACAGAAAGGGCAGUUAAGGACUCGGGAGCAUUGAAUCUUUCAGAUGUUCCUUUCUGGCGGUUGCUAGAAAUGAGGCGGUUCCUGAUGUGGGACCAAGAGGCUCACCUCAGACGGAGCGACAGACCCUGGCGCACAACACGGGACAAGGACUUCUCCGGCAGGAGCCUUUGCCCCAGCUGCCGUUUUAGCAACGAGUCAGGUUCCCAGACGGGCCCCUGAAUUGCGCUCUUCGGAUUUGUGAGGCUUCAAAAAAGAAAAAAAAAAAUACCGUAUUACUCCACAAAUGUUUUGGUUCAUCUUACGUUUCCUCCAGUACGUGGAUGCUGGAGGAGUCGCGCCAGUCCCUGCUGCUGGGAUGCAUCUAGUUCACUCUCCCAAAGGAAGCAGCCUACUCUCCUCACGCUAGAUCGAACUAUCCCCCCCCGAUAGAUAUGUAUGAGCAUGUUUGCGUUAGCGUUUAGCUUUCCUUAACCUGAGAUUGUAUGUUAACGGCUGGUGAUGCCACCUCCCUGCUUGAGCUUGUUAAGCAUUAUUCACCUAUUUUGUUACUAAAGGCCUGUACUAUGUAUGCCCUCUUAUUUCAUAUGUGAAACUGUAAGUUCUAUUUUUGACAUUUUAAUAAACUUUGAUUUGAAAACUGAG